UGCCGCGUCUGCUGCCGGCGCCCGCGGGGCCGGCGCUCGCUGGUUCUGCGCCCUCGGGGUGCCACCACAUCUGGCCGGGGUCACCCCGCCGCCCCAGCUCCUGCUUUACAACCUGGUCGCAGGCUGCUCAACCAGGACCGAGUGCCCUCAUCAUCCGGCUUUUACAGGCCGAAGCAGCAGCCCGUCCUGUCCACUCGUAAUUCCAUGAUAUUCGGACCUUCGAGAACCAUCAGAAUUCCUCCACUGGGGUGCAAAAUUACUCUCCUGCGUUCACUCCCUGAGCCACCUCUUCAGGUAGCCAAGGCUGGGAGGCCGGUACCAACCAGUCACCGCCCACUUCCUUGCGCAAAGGAGAGUAAGGCGAUGGUCCAGGAAGAGCGCAGGGAAGGCAUGACAGAGGAGGAAGGUCACACAGAGGCCGAAGGAGAGGACAACGGAAAGAUGAGUCCGGACCGCAGCGGGGCUAUGACAAUGACACCUAGGCCCCAGGAGGCCGGCGGGCUCCUCCCGCCCCUCCAGUGCAGUCCCGAGCCUCCAAACCUCCUUCCGGGGCACCCAGGAGGCAACUUCAGUGAGAAAGUGCAGGUGUCUCAGACGAAGCCUUCCUCCCAAAGCCCCGCCAUCUGCUCAGACGGCACUGCUGGAGACGGCCGGCCUCCCUCGCAGCCCGGCCCCCUGGCCACGGUGCUCUCUGCCCCAAGUCCGUGCUGCAGCCUGCUGCCCGAGAGGCCAGUAGAAGUGGUGCUGGGUGAAGACCACCAACCCGGCUCCCCAGAGUCACUGACGUCCGGGAAGGCGCUGCAGCGUGAGCCACCUUCAGACACCCCGCGGAAAAGCUCCUCUCCCCUGGGAGCUGCCGGCAGUGGGCGCCCCCGCAAGAGGACGAUGCCCCCGCCGCUUUCUCUGCCACUGCCGCCACUGCUGCCCCCGCUGCCGCCACUGCCGCCCCCGCUGCCGUUGCCCUGGGGUCGCAGUGACCUUCCCCCGCCCCCAAAGCUUCCAGGCAUGACUCGCGCCAAAACCCGGCGCACCCGGAAACAAAACAUGGACCGUUAGCGGAACAGAAUCCUGAAGGAUGCAAGGAAGGACAUGCGACACCGCAGGGCCACCCCGCCUGCCCCAGGGACCACAGGCUCCCUGCCUCCCAUCAGUCACAUGUUGCAGGUCCCUCCUACCACCACCGACUUGGCCGACCUGUCCUCCAGAUUCCCCAGUCUGGCUGGCCUUCCACCUUGCCUGACACCUUAUAUGGAUCGGGUGGCAAGACACACAGCCCCCGUGGACUCUCAUUCUGCCAUUCCUGCAGAUUCACGUCCCUCAGUUUUCAGUCCCAUUGUGGGAACUACCCUCAAGGGGGAUGCAGGCACUCCGAGUUCAGUCAGAGCAACACCACCUUUGACUGCUGACCUCUCCACACCUCUGAGCACCCCAACCCUCCCCUUCCAGCCACCCUCCUACAAAAGUGAAUCCCCAACACCCGUGUGUGUAGAUUCUGCGCCUCCCUUACUCACCCCUCUUCCAGACCGUCCCAUCGCUCCCCCUGCUCCAACUGAGCAGCCCAUCACUUCCACGUGGUCCCUUUUGCCACCACAGUCAUAGCAUCUGCAAGUGUAAACUUCCGGUCUCCUUCAGAUCAGGACAUCACUGACAUGGACACUACCCCCCCCUUUGCAAGCUGUAACUUUUCAGUCUCCCCCAGGUAUUGGGGUGGAGCAGACACACACUGCAGGGAGACCAGACAGCACCAGCCCAUUUGUGCCGAUGGUCUCCUGCCGCGCUUCAAUUUUUAACUAUGCCUUUCAUACCCAAACCAACCCUCACCCCACAUUUGCAGCCAAUGAUGGGCAGCAGAGAGCCUCUGUUUUUCCCGGGCCCCCAUCUGGGGCUCCGGCUGCCGUCUUCCCCAGGCCCCCACCUGGGGAUCAGGCUGCCGCCUUUCCCGGGUCCUCACCUGGGGCUCCAGCUGCCAUCCUCCCCAGGCCACCACCUGGGAAUCAGGCUGCUGCCUUCCCUGGGUGCCCACCUGGGAAUCAGCCUGCCGCCUGUCCCGGGCCCUCAUCUGGGGCCUCGGUUGCC